AAUACAUGGCUGCGAUCCCUGCGAGGAGGUCGCGAGCUAGUGCGUUUCCGCCUGUCGCUGACGCAGAGUAUGGUCCGUAACUGGCGAUCAUGUAGUCGAUUGUCGCCAUGUAGAUGGCAUACUAUGACGACAUUAAUAAAAAAACAGUUGAUUAGGUUUCCACUUACAUUGGCUAUCGCGAUACAGGUCGAGAAUAUCAUCGGCGCUAUCCAGUGCACAUGCGGCGGACCCAAACUCGUCCAGGCAAAGCCAAACAGACCGAUCGUUUCGAGUGGUGCCGCUUGCGUGCGUCAGUUGGAAUACUCUCUCUAUAUUGAGUGGAUUGCCUGGACGAUACUCACUGAAUAA